AUGUCUACCUUCAGCAACCUUAUUGCCAGGGGCAACUCUGCUGUCGGCCGCCGGGAGGUUGGCGAUACCAAUACCAUCAUCGACCUGAUGGUCACCUUCCUCGGAAUCGCUUUCUUUGCCCUUGUCCUGGUGGCCCUUCUUGUGGUGCUGCGACGGGCUAGACAUCAGCGGAGACAACGCGAGCAGACCCUGCCGCAGUACAACGAUAUCAAGCACGACGAUGACCACAACACCCGCCGGUUGACCAUCCAGACUGGCGAUUGCCGACAAAGCAUUCUCGUCGUCAAUGGACGCCCCAUGCUGGCUGAUCCAGCUUCGCCCCCUCAUUCGCCCACCAACAUCCCCGAGAUUCACAUUACUUUUCCCGACGAGCACGACGAGCACGGGCGCCAAAAGAAUGGCCGAGUCUUAAUCGUCCGCGUUGGCGAGAAGUCUGUUGGCCUAGAGCCUCUCCAGGACGAGCAACUGCCUGCCUACGAGAAAGAGAGCAAGGGCGGGUUCUACUCUAUUGACAUGGAUCAUAUCGGUGGCCUGAAGGAGAAGGACCGAUCACAAUUCGCGUAA